CCCAUUACUUGUCGUUCUCGCCGAAGAUAACCGAUCUUUACAUUAUAUAACAAAAUUUCCGGCUACGGCAUUGCUAUUUUGGUUAAUCUUAAUCCGUUUCCUGGGGAUGCCUUGAUUUAAAAAACAAAUCCGUACAAUGUAAUUUACUUCAUAAAAAUAUUUUAAUAGAGAAAUAUAUUUUAGAAAAUACUCGGCUGAGAUCCCGUUUAAAUAGAAUCGAUUGUUUAGCUUAAUCUUAAUCCGUGACCAAAAAGCACAAUAAACUUGAUUAUCUGGCUUUUUCACUGAAUAUAAUAAUGGACAAUAACAUAAUUAUGUGUGGCUGUGGGAGGGUGAGAGUGCAUGUGUAUAUGUGUGUGCAAAAUAUGUUAAGCGUAAGCAAUUUCUAAUUUUCAUUUUCACUAUCUCAUAUAUCUUCAUAGGUUUUACGACGUAUUCAGACACUAGUAACCCUGAUGAAAUGCAUUCCACAAACACACCAUGGUUACAGUCGUCCACGCAUAUUCCAAACGAAACUACAGAUCCAACCGGAACUCAGAGCCUAGAAUUCAGCACUCCUCACAAUCAGUUAAACACAGUGACUUAUAAAGGUCAAAAUUUGAGAGUUAAUUCAGGUCCAGCUCUCGUACUUAGCUUUCACAUGAUAAUAGUCAUUGGAAUUUGCACGCUAUUCAUAAGCAUAUUAGUGAUCUUAUCAAUUGUGUUCUGUAUUUAUAGAUUAAAAAAGAGAAUGGCAGCUAGGAAUUUAGACAAUAUUUAUAUGGAUUUCGCAGAUCUGUCGUCAUUGAACGCCCUUUCUACCAGUACGCCUUAUCAAGACUUACACGCCCCACCCAGGUUACCCGAUAGACAAAAGACUGGUGUGAUUCGUCAUGAGUAUGAAUCACAGAUAAUCAUGGAUCUCCCUGGUAAUGCCGAAGACUUUAAUAGAUUUCAAUAUAUCGGGAAAGGGGAUAUUCAUGAAUACACCGACAUGAAAACCAUUCACCAAACAUACCAACGAAUCGAAGACAAGGACAUGGACGGGUAUUGCAGACCAGACACAGAAAUGCCUUCGACAGAUGAAAAAGCGAUUGCAGAUUGUGGCAAAACUGAAAUGCUAAACAUGUCUGAUGACAAUGUUGGAAUCGAAUUUUCGCCCAAAGGUAAAAAUGAAAACAUGACACAUGAUUAUAUGGAUAUGAAAACGGUUUACCAAAAACCGAAAUCCGGAGAGGGUCUUGAUCUCGAUGGCUACCUCCUCCCAGACGCAACAAGUUCACCGAAUCAUGGCAAUGAUGUAAAAUAUGAAACAACACUACUUAAUUAGAUAACUCAAACAUUAAUUUCAUCUGAAAUAAUGAAAAAGAAGAUCCCUAAUCAGACAAAAUCUAAAUUUUGAUAGUGGAAACGCAAGUACAUGGAAAUAAAGUUUAUUUUCAAAGACGCUGUUGUAGAAGACAAGACAGGUCCGAAUAUCUUCUUUCAGGUGUCAAGAAUUCGAUUUUUUUUCCGAAUAAAGGGACAUUCACGGAUACAAUUUGACGCCGCCUAGAGAUCAUUUUACCCCGUGAUACACAUGGUCUGAAGCCUGCAAUAUUAUUGUGCUUCUACAUUCCAGCCGGCUUCACAUCGCCUAUUCACGUGACACGAGUCGUCUGACUUUUCACUUAAUCAUUUUUAUUGUUCUUAAUUCGGUUCGUUAGCUAUUUCUAGUUAAGUGGUCAUGCCGGCCUGAGUCCACGGGUGAUACACAUACCAAAUGCAGGACGGAGCCGGUGUGAAGCGGCUUUCAAACCACAUCAACAGGUCGACUUAGUUCGAGCCGGUGUCAGUCCGGCUGUUAGUAAAAAGGGGUUUUACGCAGAAGUCGAGCUGCCUCCGAGGUCGGCUUCAGUUCACUUUCGGCCUAUGUGUAUCACUACACAUACGUUUACAAAAUGUUUCGCUACUUCGAAACCGCAUUU